UUUGUAUCUUGGGGAAGUUUUUAACCUAAGCUCCUAGAAAUAAGCAUAUGGGGUCUUUCAUGUGGGUCCCCACAUCUGUACCCUAGAGUUCAGCGUGGGGAGGGAACCUUGACACCAAUUCCCAUAAAUUACGUUUAAUAAACCCCAGUCCUGCACAUGCCUAACUUUAAGUGGGUGAGUAGUUCCACUGAAAUCAAAGUCAAGAGGGCAAGACUCUGGGUCUAAUAGUUUCCCAGUGUUUUGAAAUUUCACCAUACCCAUGUUUGUUUGUUUGCUAAUUAUAGCGAGGUAGGUAGAAACUACCAGUCUUUUUUACUUUAAUUGUUAGCAGAAAUAAAUGUACAAAAGCCAGAAACUGGCAGAGUAAAUUUACUUUUAAAAUUAAAUGCUUAGAUGAUGUGUGGUGGCUGGGGAAAGGAAGUGAGUUUCAGCUGUAUAAGAUCACCCCGCUGAUCAGCCUGACCACCUAUUAAAGUUAUACACAAAAGGCUGUUUUUCACUAGGAGAUGAUGUUUGAGAAGAAUCGAGGAAGGUAAGCAAUUUGCUCAAAAGACAAAGGCCCGGCAGCGAAGGAGUCAGGGACAGUCCCUCUCCCACCUUUGGGCGCAGCGCUGCCCUUGCUCCCGAUGCCCUCCAUACACGGAAGGGGCGGGCCUAUGCGCGGGCGGGGCAUGAAGCGCUCGCUGGGCCUAAGGCAGCAAAGUUGCUGCCGCAGCCAUUUUGGUUUGCUCUGAGAAGGGGCCGAAGCGGUGGUGCGCCGGUCCUGGGCCGGUGGGGUCCUGCCCUGUCAGUGAGAGCGGCAGGAUGCAACGCGGAAAAGCCCGGCGUCCCUGACGCGGCGGCGGCGCUUUCCCUGGCGCCGGGGGAGAUGGACUCUGGAGCCCGCCAGGGCGGUGGCGCCUUGGGACAAUCCCGCGAGUAUAAAUUGGUGAUGCUGGGAGCUGGAGGCGUGGGCAAGAGCGCUAUGACCAUGCAGUUCAUCAGCCACCGGUUCCCAGAGGACCAUGAUCCUACCAUUGAGGAUGCUUAUAAAAUACGAAUACGGAUUGAUGAUGAACCUGCAAAUUUGGACAUUUUAGACACAGCAGGACAGGCAGAGUUUACAGCCAUGCGGGACCAGUACAUGAGGGCAGGUGAGGGAUUUAUCAUCUGUUAUUCAAUCACGGACCGCCGCAGCUUUCAUGAAGUGCGUGAGUUCAAACAGCUCAUCUACCGUGUUCGGCGCACUGAUGACACUCCUGUGGUUCUUGUGGGGAACAAAUCUGAUCUGACACUGCUACGACAGGUGCCUAAGACUGUCAAUAGAAAAUAUUGCGGCUGGGGGCUCAGAAAUAAACAGAGAGUUUGUAGUAUGCUCAUAACUUCUGGUGGAUUUAGCUUACUAGCUGGAGGCUUAGAAGGGAAGAACAAACUAUGCAUCAGGUGGAGUGCAGUAAACUAUUAAUAGGCUGGAGAAAAUAGCUUCUACCUGAGAGGCCAGUGAUAUCCAUUUUCGGUAAAUGUCUAGCUUUCAGCACCACAACAGUCAUUCUCUGCGCAACAGGCUGGUAAGACAGUGAGACUUGCAGCUCUCCUCUGCUGAUGCAUUUCUGUGGAAAAGAAGCAGAUACAACUGGGAAGACCUGGGAGGUAAUGAACAGGUAGGUGCCAGGAGGUCAUGACCACAGUACCCUUCCCAUAUUGCUAAAUGGGAAGGCCUGGCCUGGCCUCAGCUAGAUGGGAGGGAGAUCCCCAGGGGGUGUCUCACAAUAGAAAAAAUGAGGAUCACUGCGUCAGAGGUUGGCUUGUGAAAAGAAAACAAUGACCAGAUUAGGGACUUUGAGGCUCCUGUUGGGAAAGCUUUCUCCUUAUCUUGAAAGUACUGAUGUUCAGCUAGAAUUGGGGGACGUGAACUCAGUAUUUACAGUUACAUCGGUGCCAGCCUUCCUUACCAGGAGGUACUGUAGAAAGAGAGAAGCAGGAACACUGCCUGCAGGAAUUUCACAGAUACAGCAAUCCCAAGAGUUGAAACUACUGUUAUGUGUUAGUUUUAUACCAGACACACAAGGUGGGUGAGGUAAUAUUUUUUAUUGGGCAAACUUCUGUUGGUGAGACAAGCUUUUGAGCUUACACAGAGCUCUUCUUUGUGUCUCAGUUAAAUACAAGGUGGAAUAGACGGUUUAGCAUAAAUAGUUAAAACACAUUUCAAGGGACCAUUCAAGGUGAAAUGGCCUGUUAACAGCCCUCUAGUCAUUGGGGGGCGGCUUGUUAGUGCGUUACAGUGUUUCCUAGACCUGAUGAACUGUGUAUGCUCAAAAACUUGUCUCUCUCACCAACAGAAGUUGGUCCAAUAAAAGAUCCACCUUGCCUCUGUAAUAUUCUGGGACCAACACAGAUACAACAACACUGUACAGUUUUAUUCCAGAGGCAGUACUCGAAGCAGGGGUUAUAACAACCCAGAAGAUGUUUGUUCUGUACAGUAUGUACAGUUAUGAUACAAUGCACUAUAACUGCAAAAUGUGAAAUCUAGCACCAAAGCCCUGAGUAAUGUGUCAACUAUUUGAUUCAGAAGAAAAGUCAGUUUUUCUUGGGGAUUAUGCCACUCUUUUAACCAUAUGAAUUCACCAAAAUCAGCAUUAACAAUUAACAAACAAAAACAUUAACAAUUAUAUGAAGAAAUAAUGAUAUCUACUUCAUUUAAAAUUUCCAUUUACCCCACGUUCUGACCCUGUAUACUCUAGCAAGCCUACAACAUCCUACAAUUUUGAAAGCUUGCUUUUACCAUAUUUCAGCUCAGAGCUAAUGUGUCCCUCAAAAGCAGUUGGAGGAAUUUCUGAAUCCCAACAGAAUGAGAUUUUAUAUUAUCAGACGUAAUUCCUACUUCCCAAAUACCAGUUAGAAAGCUGCCUAAUAAUGGUGCCAGAUUAUAAUAAUGCCUUUUGCAAUAGAUCAACAUUUUUUUAUUUGUACAAUUUUAAUAGUUUUUGCCACACAAAACAAUGUAAACACCUCUGGGAAGAAAAUUAUAAAUAUACAUUCCGCAAUAUAAUUGUUGCUUAGUAAUUACAUGUUAGACCCUGAGUUUAAUUCCCAGUUUAGCCACAGGCUUUUGUUAUGACCUUGGCCACUGUAACCUAUCUUUAUGUGCCUCUCUCCCUCAUCUGUACAAUGGAGAUGAUGAUGAUAAUCCCUUUAUUUUAUCUAUUCAGAUUAAUUCCUUGGGGCAGGGACUGUCUCUUACUAUGUGCUUUCACAGGGCCUAACACAAUGGGGCCCUGAUCUUAGCUGAAGGCUUCAGAUACCAUUGUAAUAUAAAUACUAAUGUGAAGGACAUGCAGAAUAUAAGCAUCAGGUAGGAAUGUUUAAUAGCCAUGGAAUAAUUAACUUUACAUACAGAGUUCCAUGUUACAUAUUCACUUCUGGAGCACUACAGUACUUCUCUUCUAUCAUUUUAAAAUCUUGACCUUUAGUAGAUUUGGAGUGCUUGUCCCAGUAUGGGGGUGUUUUUAUGAUCCAACUAUAGUUGGAUGCUGGGGACAGUCCUUGUGCUGCAGAACUACUGAUCCAGACUAAAGUUUGCAAAAGCACUUAAGUACCAUUUUCAGUAUUCACCUAGGAGCUAAGGCUUAUUGACCUUCAAUGAGAUUUAGGGUCCUGAGACUCCUAAGUCAUUGAGCACUUUUGAAAAUUUUACUCCCAGUCCACGCCUCAAGGCUGAGAGAGUCUGGAUAAGUGAACUGAGUUGAAUAACACGUGCUAUGUUGUCCUUGAAAAUAGUAAGCUUAACAAGCUUAAAAUAAUGCAGGCUUCCAAGUGUUAGAAAUGGAUUUUGCUUUAGAUACCCACAAAGUUAGCCUAAGCUUUUGCACUCUCAGUGAAAAUGGAUUUACAAUUCGUGAGUGUGAAACUGAUGCUAUCUUUUACUGAUAUCCAACUAAGAUACGGCGCUAGCAAACACAGCCCCAUCAUGAAAAUAUGAGAUCCUGCUGCUUUGUCAGGUCUGUCUGGUUGGUGACCAAGUGGUGAAAUAUUUCCUUUAAAUAUUAUUAUUCAGAUUUGUUGGCAUUAUUACUGCUAGGUAUUUAAAUCUGGGAGGCUUCCACUAUAAUUUAAAAAUUUUUGGUAGCAUCUUUGUACAUAAGGGUUCAAAUGUAUUUAAUUUUAAGACCAACUAGCUUCCCAAAAGUAAGAUCUUGUACCUGAGGCACAGAAUUGUAGGGAAGGAGUAAAUAUAUCAGUAGGUUCUCAGCAAAGAGUAAAAUGUUGUGGCUGUGGCUGCCAAUUUUCACUCUUCUAAUAGUCCAAAAGGUGACGGGCAGGAGUUUUAAGACCAAUGCAUAUAAUAAGUGAGAGAAAAGUUAGCCACAUCUGAUUACUCCUUCAGCUUUCAAGAGCUCAGACGAUGCAUCAGUACUGCUGCUGUUGGCUUUUGAUAAAACAUAUUGAUCCAUGUAACAAAGUAAGACCCCAGAUUGAAGGCCUCUAAGGUUGCAAAUAAAAAAGAAAAUCCCAGAGGAAACUGUCAAAUGCCUUUUCUGAGUCAAGGCUUAGAAUGAGUGCAUUUGGUUUUGUCAUAAUAUUCAAAAGUCACCUUACAUUGUUGCCAGCUACCUGCUGAUACCAAAAAAUAGAUAGAUCUGUGUACCUAAUUGUAGGCAGCAGGGAGCCAAGCUGUUGGUAAAGUUCUUUCUAAGGUUUUGCAAACGACAUUAAGGAGGGAAAUGGGCCAGUAAAUGCCAGAUUUUAAUCUCUUUUAGCAAAGCUAAUUGUGGCCUCAGUAAGAGUUUGUUAGGCUUUUUGUUAGCUUGAAGUAACAGUACAUUUUGUGUAAAUUGGGUGACAGCAUUAGAAAAAUUCGUAUAUAAGUUAAUGGGAAUUCCAUUAGGAACUACAGCUUUACUGUCUUGUAGCUAUAUAAUAGCUUCUUGGAUUUUCAAAAUGUCAUACUCCAGACUUUCAUAUAUUUGUUCUAGAAGAGUUACCUUCAGUAUGAGCUUUUUUGAUGUCUGUAGGAUUGUGCAUCUCUUCAGGAAUGCACGGCUCUCACUGAAAGUGUUCUUUGGUUAUUAGUAAUGUUACAUAAUGUGCAUCCUUGAUAAAGGUUAUAAUGGGGGCUAUAAUUUUUUUUAUUUAGACUGAAUUUCUUAUUAGUGAUGCUUAGACGUGACUAUCAUGUUGGUAUCUAAAUAACUUAGGUUCUAAGGAUACAUACAGGGAUACUGAUCAGUCAUUUCUGGUUGACGUUAGUUAAUUAGAAAAAGAAAAUACAAACCAACUAUAUAAAACCUUAAAGUUCCUCUGUCUGACAAGUUGGGAGAGAUGAGCCGUACCCCAAAUAUGAGGGCAGAAACUGCCUUAAGCUUCUCUAAGUUAAUCUUGUGGCUAGCCUUGUGAGGAAGUCACAGUGAUUAUCAUGUGUGCUUUAUACUUUUAUUAACAAUUUCCCCUGAUUAAAUGAAUCCAAUACGUUCAGAAACAAUACAUUUUAAUUACAUUCAAAUGGGUCAUUUCUAUCAUAAGACAUUAUCUUUGUCCUGGAGAAGAGUUUGUGAGGAAACUAACAAGACUGGACAGGGAGAUGGGAAUAGCAGACAGCAACAACUUGGAUGAACAGGAAAAGAGUGGAGUGGUCAUGAGCAACAACAAAGCAUGGAAGAAAAUUUAGUGGUAGGGAGCAAUAAUGUUAAAAUGAAAUGAUGUGGGAGGGGUUGUUUUCUAGUUUACAAGGUUAAAAUGAAAUGAUGGGGGAGGGGUUGUUUUAUAGUUUAAAAUCUUUCAUGCUAAGAGAUCCUUUAUAAUUUUUGCUUGUUUGUUUGUUUACAGGCUGCACAUAAAAGAAGAAUUUAACCUUACAAAUAAAAAUGCAGCUACCUCUAGGAUGAGACACAAUAGCUCUUUAAUAGAGAACCGCAAAAAUUUACCACAUCUUAGAGCAGGAAAUUAAGAAGAGAAUCCCAUAUACAAUUGAAACUAGAGCUGAGUAACAAAAAUAGAUCAACCACUAAAGGAAAAAUCAGAAUUGGAAUGCAAGUACUGUCUCCUCAUUAUACUUCUAAAUAGCCCCAUUGGGUUUGCUUGCAGAGCCUAUGAAGAGUAAACCAAAAUGCUGGAAUUUGCACAUUUAUAUUUCAACUCAUAAAUUACAGGGGGGAAAACCAUCUCAUACUCAAAACUAUUCAGCAGUUUCUGCUGUCUGAAAAUUGCAUUUUGUUUUGCAAUGCUUCUAAGGAGUUUAUUUUUAAAAAUCAUUCUUUAGAAAAUUUCAAGUAAUACACUGGAUAGACUGAAUUUUGAUUCAUGUGAUGCUCUCACUCCAUAUAUCAUUCAUAAACAUAGAUCACAGCUUAAUAGAUAACACUUUAUUAGCAGUAAGAGGGUGUAACUGGCUGUUUCCCACCAAAGCCUUUGAGGAAGAUUUGGGACUGCAGUCUGCUGACAUUAUGUCUUGUCCUAGUUUCAUCCUUUAAUUCUCCACACUUAUUUAUUGCACACAAUUCCAAGGUGCCCAUUACUGUAGUAUCUAGGAACAAUUUACAUAAUUUAAGGAAUAGAAUACGAUACUUAACUAGUUAGGGAACAACAGUUGCACUCCAUCCUGCAGCCACCACUGUUUCUUAAAGGAGACUUGAUCCAAGAGAGAGCCAUCCAUGACACUAAUUCUCAGUGGGAAGUCCACCUCACAGUCAGGAGACAAUCUGCCAAACUGAUGCAAACUGCCUAAUACCCUAAAGGCAGCAAGACACAGCGUCUAACUGUUCUGGCAGCAGAGGCAGGGCUAGUGCACUGGGGGCCCUAAGCACAAAUAUUUUGGAGCCCCCUUGCCCCUCACCCAUCUCUUGACAAUACUAAUUGUAUUAUUUCCACAAAUCAAAGAAUAUACCUACCCAACACAUACAAGUCCACAUUAAAUAUAAGAAUAGUAUUUUGGGGCCCCCUGAACUGCUGGACCCUAAGCAAUUGCUUAGUCUCCUUAUACCUAGUGCCACCACUGUCUGUCAGAAUUAAAUUUCAGACUACAGGGUCCAAUACUAAAUGCAGUGCUCUCCUGUGGACCAAAUUCUGUUGCAUGAUCUGAGACCUCUGUGUUGCUCUGGCAACACACAGAGGCCAGGAAGGUGCAGCAACUCCCUCUAGUAGGGGGAGUUCCCAGCUAGUUCUUCCUAUGCUAGGGCUGCAGUGGUAUGAUUGUGCUGGAGGGGACAAGGUAAGAAUACCAUGGCACUCUGGCUACUCAGCGAUGCCAUAACAGACUAUUGAGGCUACAGCCAGCAAGUAUACUUUAGAAUAGCCUCUUUCCAUCCCACAGUGGAUACUAGGCACAGCUGAAAAUUCUAGCCCUGCAGUUUCAGAUUUGCAGAGGAAGAUUCAAACAUCUUCAUUAAUCACAGCUGCCAUGGCAGGAUAAAGGAGGAAAAGGUAUCUGAUAUGGUGGCUGGUUUUAAGACCUACACUGUUUAAGGUUUUAAAGCCCAAGGCAACGUGUUGCAUCGAGAAGUAAAAUGGCAGACAAUACAGAGUGCGGCGAUCAGCUAUAUUCUGCACUAGUGCAAGUUUCUGGGUAGUCCGUAGUGUGUUCAGUAAUCUAGCCUGAAGCCAAUAGUGAGGUGGAUGACAAUGUCUGCUUCUGAAAGGAAUUAAUCUCUUGGCCAGCAGAACAUUAAAAAGACAUAUAUAGGGACACUGCUGAAAUGAAUUUAAUAAGAUCUCAGACGUGUACACAAUCUUGAGAAUUGGAGGACAAACCACCCUCAACUGGAGUGAGGUCACAGCUUCUGCCAGCCCCUCAAAUACUUUCUCUUGCUAAUAGGUGGUUAGUUUUCAUUCUGGAUCUUUGUUCAGCUAGACAACAGGAUAGAGAAAUAGCACUGAGUGCAUGGCGCAAAGAAAAGAGAAUAGUAGCUUAUUGAUGGCACUGCAGCACAUAGCAUCUCGUAUGAGAUGUGGUUCUCCCCUUCAGGCAGAGGGGGUACUUGAAGCAGGGGUCUUCUACAUUCCAGGGGAGUACCCUAACCACUGGAAUAAAAGUUAUCAGGGAAGUAUUCCUUCUAUCCUCCCCACCUAACAGCUAGGCACCUACUGCCAAGAGAGGGUUUGCAGCUGAGAAUCCCAAGCAGAGAUAGGUGCAUAUCUGCAGGUCUGCCUAUAUCUGAGACAGAAUGGGGCUUAGCGCACACCUUUCUCAUCAGCAUCUCCCACUGGCUAACUUCCAUGUCUGCCUGCCUAACGUGCUGGCUUUUGUGAAUUGCAGUCUAAGGUUCCUAGCUCUCCCGAUUCAUUAAAUAGGAACUCAAGUACCUAACUCAGUUGUUAAUUGCAGUGAUUUUCUAGGUGCCGAAAAGUUAGGCAUGGUGACACUGAGCAUCAUCAUGCCUAAACUCCUUGUGUGCAUUCAGGCCCCAAUGAGUUAAAGAUAAAAAGAAAUCAGUACUAAACUACUUUCAAUUUAGAAAUGUACAAGAAAACAAAUCAAUGUGUAUUAAACUUUCUUUAUCCAA